CAUUUGGUGCGGUACAUUGCUAAAUGUCAAAUUUUACCUUGCUUUUGCUUCCACCAGUCUGAAACUAGGAUUUUGUUUUUAUUAUUGUGGUUUGAGAAAGUAUUAAUCAAAGAUGAUUACUAUGGUUAGGAACAUGGUGCUGCGCACACAUAAUUUAGUAAAUAAUUACCAGAGUUUAAAUAUUUCUGUAAAGGUUAGGACAAUGAAUACAAUGAUACGAUUUAACAGUACAAUGGCCAAUGCUCUUCGGGCCCAGCAGAGAGUUAGGCCUAAAAAAGAACACGGCCAGGUUUUCAAAUGGAUAUUAUUGAUGAUUCCAGUUGGCUCAUUUGGCUUAGGUUGCUGGCAAGUGUACCGGCUUCAAUGGAAACUUGGGCUCAUUGACAUGAUGCAAUCUAAAACUAAUGCGACACCUGUACCCAUGCCCAGCGACUAUUCGAAAUUAGACAACAUGGAAUACAUGCCUGUAAAAGUCAAAGGUCAAUUUCUUCAUGAUAAAGAAAUUCUUAUUGGACCAAGAGCAUUGAUUGAGCAAGAUUCACCUUUCCCAAGAACAGGCUCCUUGGUGUCAGAUCCUAAACGGAAUCAAGGAUGGUUGGUAAUUACUCCAUUCAAGAUCACUGAAACAGGAGAAAUAAUACUAAUCAACCGAGGCUGGGUGCACCAAAAUCUACGACCUAAAGAAAAACGAGAACCAUCUAUGGUGAAAGGAGAUGUUGAGAUAGUUGGCGUUGUGCGAUUAACGGAAAAACGGGCACCAUUUAUGCCAAAGAACAAUCCAGAAAAGGGCUCAUGGUUUUGUAGAGACUUGGAGCAGAUGAGUGAGUAUCUGGGCACUGCUCCCGUUUGGCUGGAUGCUCGUGGUAUACCAGAUCCGCCAGAAGGCUGGCCUAUCCCUAAUCAAACUAGAGUGACUUUAAGGAAUGAGCAUCUUUCUUAUGUUGUGACUUGGUAUUCAUUAUCAUUAGCAACAGCAUUCAUGUGGCAUCGAAGUUUUAUUAGGAAAUUACCUUUACUGUAAAUAUUAUUAUGUUUAGGUAUGUUAAAUGCAUUUUUAGUUGUCUUUGUUAUUAGUUGGAUUUGCAAUUAUGUAUCAGUUCAUGGAAAAAUCCUUGUGUAGCUGUAACUGAGGGCAAUAUUCUGUAAUAGAAGUGUGUAUCAUAGAAAACAUGCAUUUAAAUAAAAAAUAUACCAAUAAGAACAAUAUCUCCACUUCUGUAUUCUUGUACAUAAUAAAAUCAGUUGUUGUUCAGAUAAAAGGGUGCUCCUUCCAACACAGCUGUUCAAAAAUGUUGAUAAAUAUUUGAUUUUCUUUUUAUUCUUGAAUAACAUUGUGAUUAAAUAUUAUCUUAUAAACAUUUUUACCGCGUGGAAGCAUUGUAACAAAAGAAGUUCACAAUACAUUAUUCAAGUCGAACCAGUGUUAUAGUACAACAAAAAACAUAAGUUUUUGUCGAUGUUAUGUCAUUUGUCAUAACUGUAAUUUUAUAUAAUUAGAUGAAAUGUAUAAUAGUAUUUUUUAAUGUUUAGUGAUUUGUUAACUAGAGAAUCAAUAAAGAUAUUUUAUUGUGUUGUA